AUGUUUCUUGCAGGUCCCAUGACCAACAAACAGGUGAACGGCCUGUAUGGCAAACCCCCAGUGCUGGACACAUUUGACUGCAGUCAUCCCAUACCUCCAGGCUCCAAACAGAACGUUGAGUACCUCCAGAACAGAGGGGUGACCCACUUCAAAGUGUUGCUGUCAUGGGCUCAACUCCUACCUACAGGCCUCCCCAGCCAACCCCAGCAGGCUGUGGUUACCUGUUACAAGACCCUGCUGGAGCAGCUGCUGGAGGUGGGCCUUCAACCUCUGGUCGUCCUUCAUGGAUCCACAGUGCCAGAGGCUCUGAGAUCAAGGUAUGGAGGCUGGGAGAGCCAGGAGCUGGUGGAGAUGUUUCACCAGUAUGCAGAGUUUGUGUUCGGAGAGUUUGGAAAGAUGGCAGACUAUUGGGUGACACUGAGCAGCUUGGAAGAGCUGAGGGAUGCUGAGCUGCAAAAUGCCCUUGAUGCACACACCGCAGUCUACCACCGUUACCACCUACUGUUUCCUGGGAGAGAUGGAGGAGUAUCAGUUGGGGUAAAGGCCAGUGAAGUCCCAAUCAUCAGUGUCACUCAACGACUGCGAGAUGCCUUCCUUAAUGAGUCCUUUCCUGUUGACUUCCAAUGGGCUACCUCCAGUGAGUCCUUCAAGGUUGAGGGAGGCUGGUUAGAAGGUGGGAAGGGAGAGACCAUUUGGGACCGUUUUGGUCAUGAGGGCCUAGCCUUUGCAAAUCAGACAGCUGAUCUAUCCUGUGACAGUUACCACAAGGUGGAUUAUGAUGUCUACCUCCUGCGAGGUCUUCAUGUCAACACCUACCAGUUUUCCAUCUCCUGGGCCCGUAUUUUCCCCUCAGGCCACCGGGGAAGCCAAUCAGAGAAAGGGGCUCUCUACUAUGACAAGCUGAUCAACGCUCUCAUUGAGUCCGACAUACAACCUGUUGUCACUCUCUACCACUGGGAUCUGCCCCAGACACUCCAGGACUAUGGUGGAUGGACCAAUGCUUCCAUUGUUGAAGCCUUCAAGGACUAUGCAGACUUCUGCUUCUCAAGGUUUGGAGACAGGGUCAAGACCUGGAACACAUUCAGUAGCCCCUGGGUGGUGAGCCAUGCUGGGUAUGGCACUGGCGAGCACCCCCCUGGAGUCAAAGAUUAUGUGGUUGCAUCCUAUCAAGCCACUCACAAUAUGCUCAAGUCUCAUGCUGAGGCCUGGCAUAUCUACAAUGACAAGUACAGAAAGGCCCAAGGAGGGAAAGUGGGCAUUGCAUUGAACUCUGAUUGGGCUGAGCCCAUGGACCCCUCCAAACCUGAAGACAUAGCGGCUGCAGAUCGUUACCUGCAGUUUAUGCUGGGCUGGUUUGCACAUCCUAUAUUUGUAAAUGGAGAUUAUCCUCCAACACUCAAGACUCAAAUUGAACAGAAAAGAAAAGAGUGUCCCCUCUCUGAGCCUGCAAGACUUCCAGUUUUCACUGCUGGAGAGAGCAAGAGGAUACGUGGAACAGCUGACUUCUUGGGAUUAAACCACUAUACUUCGCGACUGGUCAACGUCAGCGUUGGUGGCUGCACCCCUGGUCCUGAGGGGGUGGGGGACUUCCAGGCACAUGUGGACCCGUCAUGGUCUUCUACAGCUUCUGACUGGAUCUAUUCUACACCUUGGGGUCUCAGAAGGCUUCUUAACUACAUUUCCACAGAAUACUUGAAUGUUACCAAAGUACCUAUCCACAUAACUGGGAAUGGUAUGCCUACUGAGGACAGUGGCGACACUCUAAAUGACAUCGGUAGAAUAGAGUACAUGAAGAGUUACAUCAAUGAAGCCCUGAAAGCUAUACAUUUGGAUGGAGUAAACGUGCAGCAGUUUACUGUCCAGUCACUCAUGGAUGGCUUUGAAGGUCCACAAGGCUACAGUGAACGCUUUGGAUUGCACCAUGUCAACUUUGACCUGCCUGACAGGCCCAGGACUCCAAAGCAGUCUGCCUACUUUUACUCUAAAGUUAUUGAGAAAAAUGGUUUUGCUACCAAAGAACUCUUCCUUUUUGCACCAGAACUGAAAAUCAAAGAGUCAAAUAAAAAUGCCCCUCUCCCGCCUUCCACCGUCCCAUCCCAGGCCAAGGAUGUUUGGAGGAAAUUCUCCAGCCAAACCAAUUUUCAGCGAAAACUCUACCACUUUGGCACUUUCCCACAAGGCUUCAGUUGGGGAGUAUCAUCUUCAGCUUACCAGAUUGAAGGUGGCUGGAAUGCUGAUGGUAAGGGGCCCAGUGUCUGGGAUACAUUUACCAACAAAUCUGGCAGUAUUCCUGCAAAUGCCAAUGGAGAUGUGGCCUGUGACAGCUACAAUAGACUAGAAGAAGACUUCUACAUGCUGCGAGCUCUAAGGGUAAAGUCAUACAGAUUCUCAAUGUCCUGGUCCAGGAUCUUUCCUGAUGGUCGGCUUACCUCCCUGAACCUCAAAGGUGUUGACUACUACAAUAGACUCAUUGAUGGCCUGUUAGCACAUAACAUCACUCCCAUGGUGACUCUCUACCACUGGGACCUUCCUCAAGCUUUGCAAGACAUUGGUGGCUGGGAAAAUGUAGAGAUGAUUGACAUUUUUAAUGACUUUUGUGACUUCUGCUUCGCCAACUUUGGAGACAGAGUGAAAUUUUGGAUGACCUUCAACCAGCCUCACACAAUUGCGUGGUCAGGAUAUGGACUUGGACAGAUCCCACCAAAUGUUAAGAAUCCAGGAAUUGCACCAUACAGAGUUGCACACAACCUUAUAAAGGCACACGCCAAGGCUUACCACACAUAUGACGAUAAGUAUCGCAAAUCCCAGAGUGGUCUAGUAUCCAUCGCUCUCAAUGCUGAUUGGAUUGAACCUAAAGAUGUUAAUGUUCCCCGUGAAGUGGUAGCUGCUGACCGCGCUCUGCAGUUCAAACUAGGCUGGUUUGCACACCCCAUUUUCAAGAAUGGCGAUUAUCCAGAUGCAAUGAAGUGGCAAGUUGGAAACAAAAGUGAACUCCAAGGUCUUUCAGAGACAAGACUACCUUCCUUCACGGAAGAAGAAAAUAGCUUCAUCAAAGGAACUGCUGAUAUGUUCUGUGUAAAUCAUUACACCACAAAGAUUGCAAGCCAUGUUACUGCUCGACUUUCCCCUCAAUCCUAUAAGUAUGACCUGGACUUGUCAGAAGAAAAUGAAGGUGAUUCUCCAACUACUGCCAUCAGUAACCAGAGAGCUGUGGCAUGGGGCUUGAGAAGACUCCUCAACUGGAUCAAAGAGGAGUAUGGGGAUCCGGAUAUUUACAUUACUGAGAAUGGAGUCGCUACAGACAUUAUGACUACAGUUGAUGACACUGCCAGAGUAUUUUACUACAAAACCUACGUUGAUGAGGCUUUAAAGGCCCAUAAUCUUGAUGGUGUGAAGGUGAAAGGAUACAUAGCAACAUCUCUCAUGGAUUCUUUUGAGUGGCUCAAUGGGUACAAAGUAGGAUUUGGGCUUCACCAUGUGGACUUCACUAACCCGAACCGGCCGAGGACACCCAAACGCUCUGCUCACUAUUAUUACCAAGUCAUGAAGGACAAUGGCUUCCCAUUACCAGAUGACGAGAAGAUGCUUUAUGGAGAGUUUCCCAAAACGUUUAACUGGAGUACUGCUAGUGCCUCUUACCAGAUUGAAGGGAGCUGGAGGGCCCAUGGAAAGGGACUGAGUAUUUGGGACAAGUUUGCCCAUACUCCUUUGAAAGUGGCCAACAGUGACAAUGGCGAUACUGCUUGUGAUAGUUACAACAAGAUUGACAAGGAUGUGGAGGUGCUGAAGACGUUGAAGGUGACCCACUAUCGUUUAUCUGUAUCCUGGCCCAGAGUGCUUCCUGAUGGCACCAACAACCACAUCAAUGAAGCAGGACUGAACUAUUAUCUUAGAUUACUGGAUGCCUUGGAAGCUGCUAAUAUUCAGCCCCAGGUUACCUUGUACCACUGGGACUUGCCCCUAGCUCUUCAGAAGGUAGGGGGCUGGGAGAAUGAAACCAUUGUCCAGAGAUUCAGAGAUUAUGCCAAUGUUUUAUUCAGCCGAUUUGGAAGCAGGGUGAAGUUCUGGAUCACUCUAAAUGAACCCUACAUUGUAGCCAACCUUGGCUAUGGAUAUGGUACAUUUGCUCCAGGCAUUGUGGGUAAGCAGUAUAUUGCAGCUCACAACCUGAUAAAAGCCCAUGCUGAGGCCUGGCACCUCUACAAUGACAAGUACCGCUCAACACAAGGUGGCAUCAUCUCCAUUACCAUCAAUUCUGAUUGGGCGGAGCCAAAGAACCCAUAUAAGCAGGAGGAUGUGGAUGCAGUCAAGCGCUACUUGCAGUUCUUCAUUGGCUGGUUUGCCCAUCCCAUCUUCAACGGUGAUUAUCCUGACUUAAUGAAAACAAUCAUUCGAAAAAGAAGCCUUGCUGUAGGUCUCCCUGAAUCACGGCUUCCUGAGUUCACGCCUGAUGAAAUCAAGAGGAUCAAAGGGACCCACGAUUACUUUGGCUUCAACCAUUACACCUCAGUUCUCUCAUACCCAGUUGAUUUGGGAAAUCAGCAGGAUUAUGAAGGUGACAAGGGUACGGGAACCACCCAUGACCGCACCUGGAUUGGGUCUGGCUCCUUCUGGCUGAAGAUCACUCCAUUUGGAUUUAGGAAAAUCCUCAAGUUUAUCAAGGAUGAGUAUGGAAACCCACCUGUCUAUGUCACAGAGAAUGGGAUCUCAGAAAGAGGAGAAGUGGACUUGAAUGACAUCCACAGAAAGUACUACUAUGAAAACUACAUUAACCAGGCCCUGAAAGCCCAUGUUCUGGAUGGAGUUGAUCUGAGAGGCUACACAGCCUGGUCAUUAAUGGACAACUUUGAGUGGGCUGCUGGCUACUCUGAGCGAUUUGGGCUUUUCUACGUGAACCGCUCCGACCCCACAUAUCCUCGUAUCCCUAAAAACUCAGCUUCUCACUAUGCCUCCAUCAUCACCUGCAAUGGCUUCCCAGACCCGGCCCUCGGGCCCCAUGAAUGUCUGAACCCUAAACCCGAAGAGAACACUGUACAGACAACUGUCCCUAUUCUGCCCAUGAACAUGGUGGAUUUCUUGGGUCUGAGGAUUUCCACUAAUGAUGCUGAAGUUGCACUUUAUGUCAUCUUUGUAUUUCUUCUUGUAUGUGUACUUGGUGUCAUAUUUGUUGUACAUCGUCUCCUGAAAACAAGAAAGAAGUUAAAGAGAGCAGCGGUGGAGUCCGUUAAAAUGGAGAGAAUGUGA